AGUUUUUUGGCAUUUCUCAUCAUGUUGUCCUUGUUAUGCCUAUGUGAAACCGUAUCGUCCGUCUUUGUUAAAUUACCUAUGUUUGAUAUUUGCCUAUUCGUAUUUAUGUUUUGUAAGCAAUGUGAUGUAAAUGAUUGAUUUUACUUACAAAUAAACAUAAGUGCUAUGCACCAGAUGGACAUAAAUAAACAUAUAUCAAUAAGUUAAGCAGUGUCGAUCUAAAUUCCAAAUGUCGCUUCCUCCAGUAGACUAUAGUGUUCCUCCGCCGCGUUUGGACAUGCCACCGCCGGCUCCGUCCUCGGGCACAAGAAUUCCGCCUCCGCAAAUAUAUAGCCACCCUCCUCCUUUCAUACCGCCGCCUUUGACUGAGCAACCGCCUUCCUACGUUCCCAUGGCAACCUUCCCUGCGAUGAACGUACCCCCUCCGCCCGUAAAUUUUUCAAUACCACCGACUGACAUACAAUCUGUACCACCACCGUAUUCUUUAAAUCAAAGUCCUUAUUACUUGUCUCAAAGCUACACUGCAAGCAGAAGUACUGAGAUGAGCAACCCUGCUGGGCACUCUAGAGAUUGGCACAAUCCUCUCAGAAUAAGUCUUAAUGUUGGAAAAAAUAAAGCAGCUACUCAAGGUGAGAGAGAUGUAAGAAUUCCCAGAGAGUCUAUGGAUAGGCAUUACUAUGAUGGUUCUGCAAAACCUUCUUCAAGUCGAGACAGGAAUUAUGAAAGAGAUCGUUUGAGAGACAGAGACAUGAGAUACCGUGAACGAAGGCGCAGUCGGAGUCGUAGCCCAAGCCGCCAGCGGCGCCGCAGCAGGAGUCCAUCACAUUCACAUCAGAGAGACAAAGAGAGAUACUAUAGAGACCGGUAUGAUGAGCGGCGUGAUUAUGAGAGAAGGAGAUCUGAGUAUGAGAGACGUUAUAGUCCAUCUCGUAGCAGGGACCUUAGAAGUCACAGUCGUAGUUACGAUUCUCGUGAUGACAGACGACGAUACAGGUCUCCUAGUAGACGCAGUCAGCGCUCCCCAACAAGGGAAUCUCACCGUCGUAGCCGGACCAGAGAGAUGUCUGUACAAAUUAAACAGGAGCCUAGAGAGGCAACUCCUUCAAAGCCAAUGACAGACCGUGAAAAGAUCCUUGAAGAAUAUAGGAGGAAUUAUUGCAAGACGUCAGAAGACUUUAUUGAGAAAAUGGAGCAGUGGUCAAGAGAACAUAAUUCAGAUGAAGAAGAGGUAUCAAAAAUGUGGUACCGAAGUUCCCCAGCCGAAUUAUACUACAAGCUUCUGGAGGACGGAGCUGGUGUUCAACAGACGCCUAAAUUAGAGAAACUAUGCCAGACAUUCUUCAAGAUGUUGAUACAGCGAGGACGAGAGGCUCGCCCUGAAGUCGAUGAACUGCCGCCUUUGAAGCCUCCCAAAGCCAAAAUGUGCAAACAUAGAUUGGAUGAAGAAUCUUCAUCGUCCUCUGAGAGUGAAGACGAAUGUUUAGAUGAAGAUGGUUUACAAGGUUACACUGAUCGAAUCAUGCUGGAAUUGCAAAGGAAGCAGAGCCAUCCUAGAAGGCUACAUCCAGAGAUGUGGUUCAACAACACUGGUGAAAUGAACGGCGGCCCGCUGUGUCGCUGCAGCGCGCGCGCCCGACGUCUGGGCAUGCGACACGGGGUGUACGCGGGCGAGGAGUCCUUCCCCAAGUGUAUACCCACACAGAGUAACAUUGACAAGCUUUAUCACUACCGCAUUACUGUUUCACCACCAACAAAUUUCCUAAUAAAAGCGCCGACAGUGAUAGCUCACGACGAGCACGAGUUCCUGUUUUCCGGAUUCUCAAUGUUUUCUCAUUACAAACUGGCUAAGUUACCGACUUGCAAAGUUAUACGAUUUAAUAUCGAGUACACUAUUUUGUACGUCGAAGAGCCAGCACCCACUAACUUUACAGUACAAGAAUUGGAUUUAUUUGAUGAAUUCCUGUUUUAUGAGUUACUGGAGCUGGUAGAUCUUGAUCUCGGUAAGGGCUCGGAUACAAGUUGUUCCCAGUUUCAUUUCAUGCCACGAUUUGUGAGAUACCUACCCGAAGAAGGAUGCGAGGUAUUAUCCAUGUGCGAAGUCCUAAGAUAUCUCGUGGACGAAAGUGGAUUACUUAUCGCACCAGAUACUUUGAAGGAUGUACAUGAAAUGGACCAUUAUACUUGGCAGAAGUUUGUUGAUAAGAUCAAAGGUAUGAUUGUAACGUAUCCUGGGAAGAAGCCGUGUUCUGUCCGCGUGGACCAAUUAGAUCGCAGUCCUCCAGCCAACUGCGAUAGUGCAAAGUCUGAAAAUAAGAAGUAUUAUCCUGAGAUCGUACAUUUUGGUAUACGACCACCACAGCUCAGCUAUGCUGGGAAUCCUGAAUACCAAAAAGCAUGGCGCUACUAUGUCAAGUACAGACAUUUGAUCGCGAACAUGGCUAAGCCUUUAUUCAAGGAACGUCAGAAGUUAGCGGCUAAAGAAGCUAAGCUGCAGGAAAUGAGGACACAGAGCAAGAUGAAGAGGGAUGUUACCGUGGCUAUAUCAUCUGAGGGGUUCCAUACUACCGGGCUCAUGUGUGACGUAGUACAGCAUGCAAUGCUCAUACCAGUUCUGGUGCGACACCUACGUUUUCACAAAUCAUUGGACAGUCUUGAGCGAAAGAUGGGUUAUGUAUUCAAACAGAGGGCUUUACUCCAGACAGCGUUAACCCAUCCGUCUUAUAGAGAGAACUUUGGAACGAAUCCAGACCACGCUAGGAACAGUCUUACAAACUGUGGGAUCAGACAACCGGAGUAUGGAGAUAGGAGGAUACAUUAUACUAGGAAAAAAGGUAUCGUAACCCUUAUAAACAUAAUGUCACGCUUCGGCAAGCACAGUGAGACAGAAUCCGAUAUAAAACACAACGAACGUCUCGAGUUCCUUGGUGACGCUGUCGUAGAGUUCCUGUCUUCUAUACACCUGUUCCGAAUGUUCCCGGGUCUGGCUGAAGGUGGUUUAGCUACGUACAGGGCCUCCAUUGUACAGAACCAGCAUUUGGCUCAACUGGCAAAGAACAUCGAAUUGGAGCAUUUCAUGUUAUAUGCGCACGGAUCUGAUCUCUGCCGAGAGGUGGUCAUGCGACAUGCGAUGGCCAACUGCUUCGAAGCCCUCAUGGGGGCGCUAUUCUUGGAUGCUGGACUUGAAGUUGCCGACCGUGUGUUUGCCCUAGCCUUAUGGUAUAAAGAGCCAGAUUUACUUGAAGUGUGGACAAAGGAACGAACACAUCCACUGCAAGAACAGGAGCCGCUUGGUGACAGGAAAUAUAUCAAGGACUUCGAGUUUCUACAACGACUUACUAAAUUCGAGGAGUCUAUAGGAGUACAAUUCAAGCACAUUCGUUUGUUAGCUCGCGCGUUCACUGAUCGUUCGGUUGGCUUUACGCAUCUGACUCUCGGUUCUAACCAACGUCUGGAGUUCCUUGGUGACACCGUUCUACAACUUGUGGUGUCUGAUAGACUGUACAGACACUUUCCUGAUCAUCAUGAGGGACAUCUGUCGCUUCUCCGUUCAUCUCUAGUCAACAACCGCACGCAAUCUAUGGUGUGCGAUGACCUCAAUAUGUCCGAGUACGCGAUUUACAACAACCCUAAAGCCAAGCCUACAACUAAGAAACAUAAGGCUGAUCUGCUUGAAGCCUUCUUGGGAGCCCUGUUUAUUGAUAAAAAUCUAGAGUACUGCCAGGCGUUCUGCAACGCGUGCCUGUUCCCGCGCCUGCAGGAGUUCAUCAUGAACCAGGACUGGAACGACCCCAAGUCCAAGCUGCAGCAGUGCUGCCUCACUCUCCGCUCUAUGCAAGGAGGAGAGCCUGAUAUACCUGUUUACAAGGUGAUCGAGUGCCUGGGCCCGACCAACACGCGCGUGUACACGGUGGGCGUGUACUUCCGCGGCGCGCGGCUGGCGGCGGCGCGCGGCCACUCCAUACAGGAGGCCGAGAUGAACGCCGCGGGCGAGGCGCUCAGCAGCGCGCACGAGCUAUUCCCACAACUGGACCACCAAAAGCGAAUCAUAGCAAAGAGCAUGAAAAAGAAGAAGCGUCAAGGCGACGGGCGUAACUCAAACGACCCGCUCAAAGGCAGAGGUCGGGACGGCAACCUACAAAUACCUAAAGCAUACAGACUUGACAAACACGUAGAGAGUUCAGAUGAAAGCAGUAGCCAUGCUCUCUCUGACGACGAAGUACAAAGUAUUGGUGACAAGUCUAAUGACGACUCGGGUCUGGACAGCGACACCUCCUUACCCCAAGAACAACUAGAAAACGUGAAAGUAAGCAGUCUGCUCAGUGAUAUGCAGAAAAUAAAAGAAGAUCUCAUUCGACGUAAUGAAUAUGAGAAGUUAAAGGAAAAAUGUAGACGAUCUGAUUCUGAUGAUGAGUAAGGUAAGGUGAAAUGAGGUAAUAGUGAACAAAUUUAGAUGUAUUUUGACGGAUCUUCUUUUACAUGCUAAAUCACAGCUUUGAUAGUUGUGGCCUGUAUUCAAUAAAUUUGUGCUGUUAUUUUGAACGCAGGUCUUGAAUAUAGAAAGAGUAAGUUGCUUAAAGCAAAAGCAAGUUCUCACUAUGUCGUGAUGAUUAUUUGUUUUGAAUGACAACUGCUGUCUUAUCAACCCAAAACACGUAGAAAAAUAUAUGGACUAUAGUUCAUUUCAACUACCUACCAGUAUUAAAACAACCAGUCCUAACCGACCCGUUAAUGUCUCAUCACGACAGAAUGCCUCUUUACAAAUUUUGUUCACACUUACCCCCAAAAUCCACUCUGACCCCUUUUGACCAUGAAGAUAUUUUCAAUAAAAUAGUGUUGUAACGCAUUGAAUGCGGAGACUUACUACAGUUAGUUACUGAUGAACUGUGAGAUAAAUGUGAUUAGAUUUAAGUGUCGCUUUUUAGAUGGGUAAAUAAUGUUUAUUUAUGUAGUCGCCAUUUAUAUUUACGAAUCUGUACCGCAAUGAAUAGAAUAUUUAGUCACCGGUUUCAAAAAGAUUUUAAAGUAAGAGUAUUGUGAGUGCAAUUUAAUUGUUUUUCUACUUGACUGUGUAAAAUCAAUCUUAUAGCUUUGAAAUAGAGUUUUAAGUGUAUUUGUCUGCUGUUUUUGACACAUUGAUAAUAUGAAUGAAUGACUUCAAAUGAAGUUGGGCUUUUGUAUUGCUGGAUAUAAUAUGAGUGCAAUUUUAAUUCUUGCCGAGUAAAAUUACUAAGAAAUGCAUUUGAUGAUUAAUAGAUUCACAUGAUUAAGGAUUUUCCAAAUUUCUGAUUUUAAACGACUCAGGUACUUAAUUUUAUCGUGUAAAAUGAUUAUUUUUUUGUAGAAAAGCUAAAUGUUAAGAUACUUGUACUUACUUAAAUGGUAUAUGUUGUCUUAAUGAAAUGUAGUCUUUUGAAAUAAAGCCAUGUAUUGCUGUUUUUAUACAUUUUAAUAAUUCCUAAUGCAUUCAUAAGUGUAGGGUUCAAAUACUAAAGAUCAAAAAUCACUUUUGACAGUGCAAGAUUGAAUUGUUUCACAAAGCUAUGUUGUAACCAAAAAAUCUGGCAAGAAAUUUAGUAAUAAGUAAUUAUCGUGUAAUUUUAAUGAAAUAAAUAAUAAAAUAGCAUUGAA